GUAGCCCAAGCGGGCGGCUAGGUUGAGGUUUUAUUUAGCAGUGGCUAGUGGCUCAUGCUGUUAGGAAGGAAAAAGAUGAAGCUGCGAAUUGCAGAAGCUGUGGUGGUGGAUGUGGGCAUGAUCGUGGUGGUGGUUUAAAUGCAGACUCUGCCAACAUCAAGAAUUCAUUUGGCAAUAGUUGAUUCUGUGGUGCUGGUACCCCUGAAGAGGCAGAUACUAGAAAACCUUUCAAAUGGGCAUUGUGUCUAUGGUGCGCCUUGUGAUCAUUUGCAUGGAGAUUGCCAUGGUUGUUUUAGUAAUGAAGGAGUGGGUUUGUGGAAUGGCAUCAUAAUAUGGUGUUUCAACUCCGCAUUGGAACUUGUCGUGGAAGUGACAUCAAACAUGAUGGAGUUGGUCGAGGGAACUGGAGAACUCAAACUGAUCCAUUUCCAAGCCUGUACUCUUUCAACUUAGUUUAAAGCUCUGAUAAAAACAUGUA